AUUGACGUGCGUUUGGCUUCAACUAGACGGAGGUAGAGAGACAGACAGAGAGAGAGAGUUUGAUCGGCGCCCUGACUCUGUCUUGUGCAGACGGAAUACUGAGACUCCUGCGUUGGAAGGGAAACCUCUUCAUUCGGCUCCAAAGAGGAUUUUAAAUGAAGGCUUCGGGUUUGCUGCUGGGGAUCGCGGAUCUUUGUUCCGUUUAUCUCCCCCGCCGCGGGAUGAGAAGCUGAGGGACGGGGACAGGAGCACCGCGGGGAGACGCUGCGUUCAGCUCGGCAACAAAGAAGCGCUCAGGGAAGCUGCUGAGGCUGAGGGAACGUCAAGUUAUUCCCAACAAACAGAAAGUCGUGCCGCGGAUCCUUCCUCGCCAUGCUGCUCCACGGACUGCUCCGCACGGCGGUCUCUCUGCUGCCCUUCAUCCUGCCCGCCUCCUUCAGGGUCAACGCUCAGUACGGAGACCGAGGAAUGUCUAUCCCGGAGCACGGAUUCUGCCAGCCGAUCUCCAUCCCGCUGUGCACGGACAUCGCCUACAACGAGACCAUCAUGCCGAACCUGCUGGGCCACACGAACCAGGAAGACGCGGGACUGGAGGUCCACCAGUUCUACCCCCUGGUGAAGGUGCAGUGCUCCCCGGAUUUAAAGUUCUUCCUCUGCUCCAUGUAUGCGCCCGUGUGCACGGUGCUGGAGCAGGCGCUGCCCCCGUGCCGCUCUCUGUGUGAGCGCGCGCGGCAGGGCUGCGAGGCGCUCAUGAACAAGUUCGGCUUCCAGUGGCCCGACAGCCUCGCGUGCGAGAAGUUCCCGGUGCACGGCGCGGGCGAGCUGUGCGUGGGCCAGAACAUGUCGGACCGCGCGGAGCCGGAGGGGCCCGGGCACUACCCCACCGCGCGCUCCCCGCCCGAGCCCACGCACGGUCAGUUCAGGUGCCCGGGGCCCCUCGUCGUCCCCCCCUACCUGAACUACCGCUUCCUGGGGCAGGAGAACUGCGGCGCCCCGUGCGAGCUGAAGAAGUCUCACGGGAUGAUGUACUUCAACGAGGAGGAGCUGAAAUUUGCUCGAAUUUGGAUCGGAAUCUGGUCGAUCCUGUGCUGCGCCUCCACUCUGUUCACGGUUCUGACCUACCUGGUGGAUAUGAAGCGCUUCAGCUACCCAGAGCGGCCCAUAGUCUUCCUCUCUGGCUGCUACACCAUGGUGUCCAUCGCCUACAUUGCUGGAUUCUUACUGGAAGACAAGGUGGUUUGCAAUGAUCGCUUUGAGAAAGAGAUGAGGACUGUGGUGCAGGGCACCAAGAAGGAGGGCUGCACCAUCCUCUUCAUGAUGCUCUACUUCUUCAGCAUGGCCAGCUCCAUCUGGUGGGUCAUCCUGGCCCUCACCUGGUUCCUGGCAGCCGGGAUGAAGUGGGGCCACGAAGCUAUCGAGGCUAACUCCCAGUACUUCCACCUAGCAGCCUGGGCCGUUCCCGCCAUAAAGACCAUCACCAUCCUGGCAGUGGGCCAGGUGGACGGAGACGUGCUGAGCGGGGUCUGCUUUGUGGGCAUCAACAGCGUGGACGCCCUGCGAGGCUUUGUCCUGGCGCCUCUCUUCGUAUAUCUGUUCAUCGGAACUUCCUUCCUCCUGGCCGGAUUCGUGUCCCUCUUCCGCAUUCGGACCAUCAUGAAACAUGACGGCACCAAGACGGAGAAGCUGGAGAAGCUGAUGGUGCGGAUCGGGAUCUUCAGCGUGCUCUACACCGUGCCGGCCACCAUCGUCAUCGCCUGCUACUUCUAUGAGCAGGCCUUCCGUGAGCAGUGGGAGAGGACGUGGGUCAGCCAGUCGUGUAAGACGUACGCCGUGCCGUGCCCCAUCCAGAACCACCCCAACAUGAGCCCGGACUUCACUGUCUUCAUGAUCAAGUAUCUCAUGACGCUCAUAGUGGGAAUCACUUCUGGCUUCUGGAUCUGGUCUGGGAAGACCCUGAACUCAUGGCGGAGGUUUUACACGAGACUGGCCAACAGCAAACAGGGCGAAACCACAGUGUGACGGGCUUUUCUCAAACUCACUCCUGUUUUUUGGACCUACCAGAGACCUUCGCUCUGUUUUAUUGUACAUACACAUUUGUGAGAUUUUUUAAAAAUUAUAUAUUUGUAUUUAAAGGCUGAAAAAAAAUAGUCCAUCUUUUUUCAUCUUUGGAUAUGUUGGAGAAACAUCACAAAAAGCCAGCUAAUCGUUGCGAAUCCUGGUGUCUGUCUCAUGACCCGAUUUACUGUGGACACCCAUGGGAGUACUUCACACGGAGUGUUUGUGUCUGUAGGUUGGUGGAGCACUUGUGAGCGAGUGCAGGGUCUAUUCUAAGCAGAGUCCCAUGAAACCCAAGUGCUUCCUCGUGGCCUCCUCUUAUCCUGAUUAACCAGCUGGACUUUGUGUCUCAGGAAGCGAGCUUACGCUUUCUGAGGCCUCGUGUUGGCAUGGAUGUGAGUCACUGAGACAGAUGGUUAUGGACGCUGUAUUUUAUGGGCCCUUGCAGAUGUAACAUUCCUCUGUUAAAGUUAAGAAAAAAAAAUAAGUUCUUAUUGCCAUGCAAAUGGAAAAUAAGGUUUCUGCUGCAGAGCUCCGGCUCUGAACCAGGACGGUUUUCACUCUUUCUUUUCUUUUCUUUUCUUUUCUUUUUUUGCAUAUAUGGGAAUCCUUAGUGCCAAAUGCCUUCCUCCACAGAGAUACAAUGAUACAGAAAACCUGAGCAAAAUAAUCUUCAGAGCACAGUCAAAUAAAACAAGGGAAUUUGGGAUUAGGAGAUUUAAGGUAAAAAUAGAAUCAUUUAAAAUAUUUUUUUCCUAAUGAAGAGCUUUUUGGACACCUUGGGAUUUUAGAUGUCACUACAAGGAACUUAUAAAAAAUGUUAAAGAAUAAAAGGCGAAUUUCGGCCGAUGAUAAAUUGCUCUAGGAAUUAUUAUGAUAAACAAUAAUAUAGUUGUUUUGAGACUAUUUUCAUGUAAUAGAAUCAUGAUGGCAAAAUAAUGCAAGGUUGUCCUCUCAAAGAUCAAUAAACUUUAAUUUAGUAAAGAACACUUAAUACUGGAACUGGAAGAUAUUUGAAAUAUUUUCCCCCAAAAGCUUCCGACCAAAACCAAGAAACAAAACGGAAAUAAAAACCACACACCACCGAGACCAUGAAUGAAAUGGAUUAUGAGGAAAAUUGCUCUGUUUUAUUACAUUAAUUAUCAGAAUGGAAAU